GUGUGGUCCCAGAGCCCACACACAUAACCAUUGUGAUAUACCACCUCUGCUCAGUCUUUUUGCCCUGUGUGUCUCUUGGGGAAUUCAAGAUGAUUUUCCAUCACUUGACUCAGUCUUCUGGUAGUGGCGUCUUUUACUAAGACCUUCUCAAUAUGGUGGUCAGAUCAUGUUUCCAGCCUCAGGAUCUACAUAGAAAAUCAUUCCGUUGGGAAACUGCUGCUGAAGCAGAAAGGUUCUGGGCGGCUGACGUGGCAUCAGUUCACACUGUCUGCCAGCUGUGAGUAACAGCAGGCUGUCUUGAUGGGAUAUGGCAGAAGCAGCAACAGCAGCCGCUCCUGGUUUAGGGGCAAGAGAUAAAACUGACCGGUGCCUUCAGUUCGAUACAUUUUCCUUCCAUCGGACAACACAAGUGAUUACACAAUCAGAACCCAACAGGGAGAAACAUGAAUGAGAAAAACCCAAACCAGACAAACCAGCUGUUUACUACCCACCAGAACAGAAAAUAAUUACAUAACUGAAUAAAAACACGAGGGAAAUUCUGAGGGUCAAGGAUGGAAUUUUGGGCUCCUCAGUGGCCACCUCAGCCAUGGGGGAGGCCCACAGCACCAUCAAAGGAUCCAGACCGGGGACUUCAGAGAGAUGGAAACCAUCGGCCCGUUCCUCGCUCUUGGUACAAUGGAGAGAGGUACCAUCAGUGGCAAGACACGCACAGGAGCCCCCAGCCGCAGCAGGACCCCAGGACGGACCACCAGCAGCCCCAUUAUGCAUCCAGGCCUGGAGAAAGGCGUCAGCCUGUUUUGGGAGUUGACUAUUAUGAAGGUGGUUAUCCCCGUCAGUUGUAUUCAAGGCCAGGCAUUGAGGAUCCGUAUCAGAGCUAUCAUUCUCCAACCCUGAGGGAAGAAUAUGCUUAUGGAGAUUAUUACUACCACAGACCCCCGCAGCAGCUACAGGAAGAAAGAGUGCCAAGGCGAGAGAGUCCUUAUAUGUGGCAGGAAGAUCACCGAGAUCAAAAGUACCUCAGUGAGCAUCAUCACGAAAACCAGAAUAGUCUAUCCAAGAGUCGGAACUCUCAUAAAGACAGUCCUGCUUCUAACACUAGGCCGGAGAGGCCUGGGGACCUGUUUCCGGAGAGUCUGCUAACGGGAACCCAGAAGAAUGAGCCAUCGCUGGCCAAUGAGUCCAGCCUUCUCCGGCAGCAUGAGUCUGGUCUCAGCUCUAGCGCCUACGAACUCAGUCAGUACAUGGGAGCUGACUCGGAGCCCUACGAUCCCGUGGCGUCGACAGCUUGGAGUCCAAUUCAGGCUGAAGAUGUCUCAGCAGCUGGUCCCAAGGCACCCAUGAAGUUCUACAUCUCUCAUGUGCCUGUGAGCUUUGGGCCAGGAGGUCAGCUGGUGCGUGUGGGUCCCAGCUCUCCCAGUGAUGGACAGACGGCCCUUGUUGAACUGCACAGCAUGGAGAUUAUUCUUAGUGACUCCGAAGAACAAGAAGAGAUGAGGACUUUCUCAGGACCCCUGAUCAGGGAAGACGUACACAAGGUGGACAUCAUGACAUUUUGCCAGCAGAAAGCAGCUCAGAGCCGAAAAUCUGAGACACAGAGGAGCAGAGACUCAGCUCUACUGUGGCAGUUGUUGGUUCUCCUUUGUCGACAGAAUGGGUCCAUGGUGGGAUCUGACAUCGCGGAGCUGCUGAUGCAAGACUGUAAGAAGCUGGAGAAGUACAAGAGGCAGCCGCCAGUGGCCAACCUCAUCAACCUGACCGACGAGGACUGGCCGGUGCUGAGCUCAGGGACCCCGAACCUGCUCACCGGGGAGAUUCCCCCCAGCGUGGAGACGCCUGCACAGAUUGUAGAGAAAUUCACUAAACUGCUCUACUACGGCAGGAAGAAGGAAGCCUUGGAGUGGGCCAUGAAGAACCACUUGUGGGGCCACGCUUUGUUCCUCGCCAGCAAGAUGGACCCAAGGACCUACAGCUGGGUUAUGAGUGGGUUUACCAGCACACUGGCGUCCAAUGACCCACUGCAGACCCUCUUCCAGUUCAUGUCGGGGAGGAUCCCACAGGCAGCCACGUGCUGUGGGGACAAGCAGUGGGGAGACUGGAGGCCUCACUUGGCCGUGAUUCUGUCAAAUCAGAGUGGGGACCUGGAGCUGCAUCAGCGCACAAUUGUCACCAUGGGGGACACUCUGGCUGGGAAGGGGCUGGUGGAGGCAGCCCACUUCUGCUACCUCGUGGCUCACGUGCCCUUCGGCCACUACACCGUGAAGACAGAUCAUCUGGCCUUGCUUGGCAGUAGCCACAGUCAAGAGUUUUUGAAAUUUGCAACAACUGAGGCUAUCCAGAGGACGGAAAUCUUCGAGUAUUGUCAGAUGCUGGGCCGCCCCAAAUCCUUCAUCCCUUCUUUCCAGGUGUAUAAGCUCCUUUAUGCUUCCCGUCUGGCAGAUUAUGGCCUUGUGUCCCCGGCCUUGCAUUACUGCGAAGCCAUUGGCACGGCCCUCCUUAGCCAAGGAGAGAGCGAUCACCCUGUGCUAUUAGUGGAACUCAUCAAGCUAGCGGAGAAACUGAAGCUGUCAGAUCCCUUGGUUGUAGACAGACGCAGAGACCGGGACCUGGAGCCAGACUGGCUGGUGCAGCUUCGGAGGCGGCUCAAGGAGCUGGCGCAGAAGGUCACAGGAGACACUGGGGAUCUUUGUCCUGCUCACUCAGAUGCUUCUGGAGUCGGGGGAACAACAGGACGUCAGAGCCACUCAGAAGCCCUUGGGGACCGCAGAGCCUUGUGGCCAACACCGGAGCAGAUGGGGCCAGGCCAGCCCAGCUCACAACACCCCAUUCCCCACCAGCCCAGUUCCUGUCCAGCAGGAGGAGGUGUGGGGCAGAUGGGGGUCCCCGUGCCUCUUUACUCGGUUCCUGAGGUCUGUCUGCCAGGGACUGGUGGCUGUAUGGCCGUGACAGGCCCUCCUGGAGGAGAAGCCUGGGAAGAAACCCAGCAGAUAUAUCCACCUCCUGAGAACACAGUAUCUCAAGGAACUUUCCAGCAUCCGGAUGGUCAAAAGGCUGUUUCCAAACCCCAGGUGCCGCUGAUUCCCAGAUCACGAAACGUUUCUGAGAGUUCCACCGUUUCAGUCAAGGAGGAUGAGGAGGAAUCCUCCGAUGAGGCAGAUAAAAAAUCCUCCCCAAAUCCAGCACAGACGGAAAAGCUAGGAGAUGUGAAAGAGAACACAAAGAGCUCAGGGUUUGGCUGGUUCAGCUGGUUUCGCUCGAAGCCCAGAAGCAACGCAUCCCCUUCUGGAGAAGACUCGUCCGACAGUCCCGACUCUGAGGAGACCUCCGGAGAAUCUUCUCCUCCUCAGGCCGGGCCCGGCCUCUCACUGACAUCUCUCCCAGAGCCCCAGUCUCUGCCAGGAGGCCCCUUCUCUGGGGCCACAGGCGAGGGCGGAGUGCAAGGACCCGCGUCCGGUGAGGGAGUGGCCGAGGGCACAGGCAGUGGAGGCUUGUCUGGGCCUGAGGGUGUUUCCUCUGAGUUUUUCUACAACCCUGGUGUUCUGCUGCCCCCACCCCCCUUGAAAGGAGGUGUUCCUCUCUACAACCCAUCUCAGGUCCCCCAGCUCUCCAUGGCUACUAGCUUGAACCGGCCGAAUCGCCUAGCCCAGCGCCGCUAUCCAACCCAGCCGUGAUGAAAACCACACCCGUUCCAAGCUGGUCUCCUUCCUUGAUCUCCAGCCCCUCUGCCAUAUUGGGGUCCCCAAGAGGGUUGUGCUGGCCUAUUGCCUCCCCUGUCACGAAGAAGGCAAGAGGACAGGGUCUUCUAGGACACAGCUCAGUCCAGUCUCUUAACAUUGGCUUCAGAAUGGAGAGUAGUCGGGUAGAAUAGCAGACCGGAGGUGAGCAGAAUGCCAUGGGGGAGAUUCAAGAUGGUGGCUUCAGAUCUUCAGGAAAGGCAAGGUUAAGAACCCCUUGGCUGGAAUCAAUGAGAACCCACUGGGCUCUGAGGCAGGAAAUUAUUUGGGGGAGGCUCUCAGAGCAGUAUUCGCAACUAACUUUGACUGGUUCCUCAGUGUUAGUUAUGGACCGAUUCGUGCCUCUAGUUAGCAGAGCUUUUAUACUGAAACUUGAUUAUUGCUUCCUGUCAUAAUUCCCUCCACAGUGACAUUUCAGCAGUUUCCCUCUUGGUCCUAGUUUUGUGCACAUUUUUAUGUGCUUCAGAUUAAUUAUAUUUCUCUCACUUUCUUAGCUGGUCCUAUUUUUUCACAUUCUGGCAUCUGGCUAUCAAGUUAGAUUGCUAUAGGCAUCAUAUUGUCAUGGUAACCGCUGAACCUAGUGAUGCAGAUGGAUGGAACAUCAGUAUAAUAAAUGAUUGGGGAUGUUUCCUAAAAAUGUACCCCUUCCCUGAGAGAGGAGAACGUGUGCCUGAUAGUGUUAACCCCGCCCUUCCUACCUCGGGCCUCUGCGGAUUGAUGUUCGCAGGGUCACGGGAGCCAGAGGGAGGCGGGGAACAUCUUGGAAGCUUCCAGUUCUCUUUUCAAACCCAAAAUAGGAAUGACUCUUGCUGUUUGUCAGAUUUGCUGAAAAUUGCUCCUCACAAAGAACAUUUUUUGUAUGUGUAAUUGUACAUACAGGUUUUGUACUCUAAUGCAGUACAGUUCUGAUGUUGAUAGCGA